AUGUCCCUUACACACAGCAGGGGCCAAGCUUCAGCGCUGCUAUCAAAAGCAAACAAGUCUCUUCUUUAUGAUUCAGCUGUAGUUCUUGCGGGCCACGAAGGUCCCGUUUACACUGCACAAUUCAGCCCUCAGGGCCAAACGAUAGCAUCUGGAGGACAUGAUAAGUCAAUUCUUCUAUGGCAUCUCCCGACGGUGGCCAAUGAAGCAAAACCGAACUACGGCAUACUAACUGGCCACAAAAGCGCUGUGACAUCCCUCACGUGGCUUCUGGAGUCGUCUAUAUUCUCCACAUCUGCUGAUAGUACUAUAGCCUUUUGGGACGCAGAAACAGGCGAAAGAUUCCGCAAAGGAGUUGGCCAUGAGGGUGUGGUGAACGAAUGUAGCGGUAUCAAUAAUGGGGUUUGUGUCAGCGUAGGGGAUGAUGGCACGAUUCGAGUGUGGGAUGAGAGAGAAAAGCAUGAGGUCAGUAAAAUCGAUACUAAGUAUCCUUUGCUUACGUGCAACGCCAGCAAGGAUGGCCAUACAGUUUUCGUGAGUGGAAUAGACCCUACAGUCCAAGCAUUUGACCUUCGAACGAACGAGGCGGCAUGGAAGUGCUCAGGAAUGCAAGAUUCAGUAACCUCACUCGGUCUAAAUUCAGAUGGGUCUAUGCUAUCUGCUAGGGCCAUGGACGGCAGCAUCCGCACAUUAAGUGCCAAAGCAGCUGUGCCUCCAGGAAUUCCUCGAAUGAGCAAGCAGGUAUAUGCUGGGGCUACUGGAAGUCUGCAGCAAGUGUUGGCUAGAAUCAGCUUUACAAACGACGAUGUCUAUAUUGGGCUGGGGUCUGACGAUGCCACGGCCAUCAUGUGGGGUACAGCCUCAGGAAGAAUGGUGAACAAGUUUUCAGGAAAUGAGGGAACGGUGAUCGACGUGGAUUUCCAUCCGUCCGAGAAGAUUCUUUUAUCAAGUGGCUCUAAAGGUGAGGUCAUUGUGAGAGACUACUAG